AUGGAAUCAUCUGGAGCAAUUGGUCAGAGAUGGAAUGUUACAACAGUUUUUGUAUCGGCCCAAUGGGCAAGGAGACCAAGCAAGCCGCACGAUGAUACUUUGCCGCACGAUGAUACUUUAGUGGUCAACCUCAGGAUAGGAGCGUAUGAUGUGAAGAGGGUGUUGGUAGAUCAAGGUAGCGGUGUAGAGAUCAUUUAUCCUAACUUAAACAAUGGGUUGAACUUAAAGCCUAAAGAUUUAACGGCCUAUGAUUCAUCUUUGGUAAGCUUCGAUAGGAAAGUUGUCAUUCCAAAAAGUCAGAUUAGACUGCCCGUGCAGGCAGGUUUAGAGGUAGUGAGGGUGGACUUCAUUGUAGUGGAUGCUUAUUCCCCCUACACCGCCAUUGUGGCAAGGCCCUGGCUCCAUGCCUUGAGAGCCGUUUCGUCCACCUUGCAUUUGAAAGUUAAGUAUUUUUCCGGGGAUCAGAUUGAGGAACUAAUUGGGAGCUAG